CUCUCACUCUCUCUCUCUAAACUUUCUCUCUCUACUGUACGUUCCUCGUGUUCUUCUCUCACAAGCCCUCACUUUUCACACACACUUCACGAACUUCAUCACAAUCACACACUCUCUUUUUCUAUCUCUCUCUUUCAUUUUCUCUCUCUAUCUUUUAAGCAUUUGUUUUAUUGGUUCAUUGUUCUCACGGUCAAAACUGAGCUCACUCUGUGUGUGUGUGAGAGAGCGAGAGAGAGAGAGUGAGUGAGUGAGUGUGUUGAUGUGUACCUGAAUGGCUCUCGCUUGUGUUCGCCGGAGACGAUGAAGAUUUCCGGCAAGUCACUUCACGCACCGCCGAACCCUACGCCGGACUCAGAUCUCCAACCGCCGAAGUUGUUUCACCGGAAGAAGCCGAGGACGCCGGGGAAGAGGUUGAGGAAAAUAGGAGCUCCGAACGGGAGGCGGAGCAGGCCGGAAACGCCGCUGCUGAAGUGGAAGAUCCACGAGAGGAACGACGGCGGCGACGUUGGCGGAGUUGGAGACGAUGAUCCGGUCGAGGAGGACCAGAAGUCGGUCGUCGGAGCUGGCCGUAGAAGUUGCCGGAGGAAGAGUGAGACGGUGUCGGCUAGGAAGCUCGCUGCCGGACUGUGGCGGCUGCACCUGCCGGAGAUGCCAAUGGUGGUACGGAGGAGCGAGGAUCGGUUGAGGCUUCAGCAUGGAAUCGGCCACGUAGGCCUCCCAUUCCCCGGCCGUCCAAAUGCCAUGGCUCAUGCUUCUGAUCUGAAGAAUCUAUCCCAAAGUCCUCGUUCCAUCUCUGGGCCAAAGAGCGGGCACUUCUGUGAGCUUGAACCUUCUUUCCAGUUUUCCAACACUGAAAUGGAGGGUGCAACAAAGUGGGAUCCUUUAUGUUUAAAAACAUCUGAUGAGGCACAACAUAUCUACAACCACAUGAAAUUUCUUGAUCAAAAGGUAAGUGCUGUAUCUGUGGUAUCUGCCCUUGAAGCUGAAUUAGAGCAAGCUCGCACACGAAUUCAGGAGCUUGAGACUGAACGCCGCUCCUCCAAAAAGAAACUUGAGCAUUUCUUGAAGAAAGUCAGUGAGGAAAGGGCCCAAUGGCGAAGCAGAGAGCAUGAGAAAAUCCGUGCAUACAUUGAUGACAUUAAAGCCGAGUUGAGUCGUGAAAGGAAAAGUCGGCAAAGGUUUGAAAUUGUCAAUUCAAAGCUGGUUAAUGAGUUAGCAGAUGUCAAACUAGCAGCAAAGCGUUACAUGCAGGAAUAUGAGAAGGAGAAGAAGGAAAGAAAAUUGAUUGAGGAAGUGUGUGAUGAGCUUGCCAAGGAAAUUGGAGAUGACAAGGCUGAGGUUGAAGCGUUAAAGAGGGAGUCUAUGAAACUUAGAGAAGAGGUCGAAGAGGAGAGAAAGAUGUUACAGAUGGCUGAAGUAUGGCGUGAAGAACGUGUUCAAAUGAAACUGAUAGAUGCAAAAGUUGCACUUGAAGAUAAGUAUUCACAGAUGAAUAUACUUGUAGCUGAAUUGGAAGCACUUCUUAAGUCAAAAGGUGUGAGCAUAACUCCAAAGGAGAUGAAAGAGGCACAGUCACUGCAACAGGCUGCAGCUGCAAUGAACAUUCAAGACAUCAAAGGAUUCUCAUACGAGCCACCCAAUUCAGAAGAUAUUUUUGCCAUCUUUGAGGAUAUGAAUUUCGGUGAACCCAAUGAGAGGGAGAUUGAGCCUUGUGUUUCUCACAGCCCCGGUAGUCAUGCCUCGAAGAUCCAUAGAGUGAGUCCUGAAGCCAAAGUACUCAGUAAGAACAACAUUCAGAGACAUUCAGAUGUAUUCAUGGAUGAUAAUGGUGAUAUGGAUGAAGAUGAAAGUGGAUGGGAGACUGUGAGUCAUGUUGAAGAUCAAGGCUCAAGUUAUUCGCCAGAAGGGAGUGUCCAGUCUUUCAAGAAGAAUCAUCGACAGAGUAAUGUCUCGGGGAGGAGUGUGCUCGAAUGGGAAGAAAAUGCAGGCCAGGAGACACCAAUCACUGAAAUCAGUGAAGUGUGCUCUAUACCCGCUAAGCAAUCAAAGAAGGUAUCAUCUAUAGCAAGGCUUUGGAAGUCGGGCCCAACCAACGGCGAUAAUUACAAAAUAAUCUCUUUGGAGGGAAUUCAUGGAAGGCUUUCAAAUGGAAGGUUAUCUAAUGUGGGAAUCAUGUCCCCAGAUCAUGGUUCAGGUAAAGGAGGUUUAAGCCCCCAAGACAUUCUAUACCAGUUGAGUCCUCCUGAUUCGGGAAAUCUGCAUCGAGGCAUGAAAGGAUGCAUUCCGCGCACUGGACAGAAGCAUAGCUUGAAAACCAAACUUUUGGAAGCUAGGAUGGAAAGCCAGAAGGUUCAGUUGCGCCAUGUUCUUAAACAGAAGAUUUAGGUGCAACCAAGGCACAUGUUGGCAUGAAGAAAUCCGCCAGGUACAAAUAUGGAAAAACUGCUCAGAAGAUGAUGAGGGGCCUUUGAUCAAUUGCACAAGUUACGCUUCAGACUUAUAGUUCAUGUCUCAGUUCUUCGUUACAUCAUUCUUACUAAGCAUUGAGCAGAAAAUGUAUCUCAAAAGAAGAUGGAAUAAUCGUCUUUGGAAAAUAGCUUUGUAAUAUGUAGGAUCUUGAGGGAGAUUAUGAGAAGCAUGUAUCUUUUGUUGUAUCAAUUUUAGUCGAGGGAAGAAAAAUACAGAUGAUAAAAUAUAGAUGUUGGCAAUAUCUUUUUUUAUUUUUUAUUUUCCGGAUUUUGAUUUUCUAUUGUUGCAGAUGUCGCUUAGGAGUUGUUGUAGAUUGUACUAUUGUAGUAAGAGAUAAUAAUAAAGAUAAUUUCUGGACUCGGUAAAGUAAAAGAGAACUUCAUAGUUCAUACUUGAA